GUGCGUCAUGGGACCCUGGGACGCUUGCUGGACCGUCUCCUGGAUCCGCGUUUUCAGUCCAUCGAUUUUCUCAACACAUUUCUGCUCACUUAUCGGGUCUUUACCACCGGCGUCACUGUGGUCGCUGUGCUUCGUUGCGUUCUUAGAGAUCCCAACCUGCGUUUGAGCAAUCUGAAAAUCGAUCUUGAACUUAUGCAAACUUUGUUGGAGGAGAAGUGA